AUGGAGAAAUGCAUACCUGGGAACUUGAUUGGACAUGGGAAAACACAGUGGGAAGUCAGGCGCCCUAUAGCGCUUAGGCGCGAAAAUUCGCCUAAAGCGCGCGCAAGUCGCGCAAGUGUCGCCUAUGUCGCGGAAGUGUCGCCUAAGUCGCACUCGACCUACAGUGCAAUAUAUGCCAUUGUGAGGCUACUCAGGAUCGAGUCUCUACAGCGGGGUGUCCUUAUCCGCCAUCCUAGGGAGACUCCAGAGGAUGGGACUACUGCCAACUCUGAAGAUGAGGAGGAGGAAGAAGAGGAGGAGGAAGAGGAAGAGUCGGUAGAGGACUCGCAAAAGCGGAAGUCGCCAGAGAGUCGGGAGGUUGAGUUCAACCUCUUGGCAGAUGCUGAUGCCGACAACGAAGACAUCUAUCGGAAGGCAAGGUGCGGGCGCUAUACACCAGAUGCUGACUAUGCAGGGGAUGCUUAUGGAAUGAUGACUGACGGAGGUGGAUUCCUUGGUGGUGCGCUGUAA